AAUUGGCAAGGGCAGGCAAAGGACGCAAACUACAGAAAUUACAAGUUAGUUCUGUAAAAGAGCUAAAAACAUCAGUUGGCAAAAGCAGACUUUACAUUGUGCCACGAGCUACUGUCUUACAGAUAACAUCACCACCCUCUGCCAAACCGCAGAAUUCAUUUCCACCACUCUCCACAGUUGCAGCUAUAGAGGAGAUCUCACAAGUGACUGAGGAAAAUGAAGUUUCAGAUCAGGUAAACCAGUGGUUCUCAGCCUUAUUCCUGGAGGAUUGCCUCGGCUAUUUUAGUGUUUUCCCUUCUGUACCACACCUGCAUCAAUUAAGAAAAUGCUGUUAGUUAGUUGAUUAGUUAAAUCAGGUGUGCUGGUAGCUGAGAAGGCACCAAAAUGUGCAGUGGUCCUCCAGUAUCAGAGCUGAGAACCAUUGAGGUAAACAAUAUUAAAAUGAUUGCUAUCUACCCAUUUUAGACAUGUCCAUUGUGCAUUUUAUGUUGAUAAGUGGUAAGCAUCAUUUUUCAGGUAAGUUUUGGCUGCUGUAAAAAGGUAGACAGUCCUUUUACCACCAAAAGAGAUUAUUUUGAAAAAUUCUAUUUAACCCCAAUUAACUGAAGCAAAAAUAAUUUGUAUAUUACCAGGUGACCUCCACAUCUUGUGCUAUAUCCCAGAAUUCAUUCCAGAAUUUCUCAGUUGCUUCGGUACAAGAUGUGACAGUUUUGGCUGAGAAUACUCAAGCUCUAAAUAUGGUUUCAGAUCAGGCUCUUCAAGAAUGGCGAGCAAUACGUGCCCAGCAAGACCAGGAGUAUAAAGAAAGUUUGUUAGUGGAUGAGGAAAAGGAGCUGAAGAAACUGGCUUAUCAGGCCUCUGAGGAAAAGCGUCAAAAGGCUAUUGAGACAAGACGUCAGCGAAUGGCUAUGUGUAAUGAACCGUCAGAUGGGGCAUUGUUAAAAUUUAAAUAUCCAGAUGGACACAUCAGCAUGAGGAAAUUCAACUUGUCUGAGUCAAUUCAGGAUUUGUUUGACUUUGUUGGACAAGAAGACAUGGCGAGUGAAAUUUUUGAGGUCCAAGAAGCUACUUCAUCAAAAUCAAUUAAGAGCAGCUCCUCAGGGUCAAUACUGGAUCAUGGCAUAAAGGCACCUUCAACUCUAUAUGUACUUUGGUUAUCACAUCAGGAUGUACAGGAAAUUCUCUCACAUCAAGAAAGUGAUGGCAUGUAUGCCCUUCAACAUGCAUCUCCUGGUCAGCCAUUGCUGCCUGAGUCCACCAUCCAGCCACCAAUGGCUGUUCCCUCCAGCCAGCCACUGCUCACACUGUGUUCCACUGAACCAAGGUUCUCUGUGCCUUCUAUUCUGCCACCACUGCCUGAAUCCUCCACCCAGCCAUUACUUCCUGUUCACUCCAGCCAGCCACCAGUCACCAGUCACCAGUCACAGGAAGAGGAGCGAGUUUCACAAAAUCUGUUUCCCCAAUCACUACAUGACCUCAAAGGACCUGUGAAUGAGAUUGAUCUACAGACCAUACUGAAAAAACUAGUCAGCAAAGUUGAUGGAAGCUCCUGCCCAACAAGCAACCAAAUAAAUGUAUGUAGGAAUAACAUUUUCCUGGGUAGCUUGCGGGCAUUCAAACGUAGGCACUUUAACCCUGAAGCAAAGUUAGACGUUGUGUUUGUGGAUGAAGACGACAAUGCUGAAGGGGCAGUUGAUGAAGGUGGCCCAACAAGAGAAUACUUAAGGCUGUUGAUGAGGGCCAUCCAUGAGUCAAACGUCUUUGAGGGCCAUGAGAAGAACCGGCAGUUGUGCCUUGAUACUCAAGCUUUGCAGACAAAACUGUACACAGUCGUGGGAAAAAUGAUAGCUGUGUGUGUUGUUCAUGGAGGAGUUGGUCCACACUUUUUCUCCGAAAGGCUUUUUCAGAAGAUCUGUGGAUUACCAACACCUCCUACCAUGGUAGAUGAAGUUGGUGACCAUACCUUCAGGGAACAAUUAAUCAAAAUAAAGGAAGCAAUGACCACCCAGGAGGCGAACAGUGCCAUUGCAGAGGCAGCAGACAGUCUCAGCAUUAUAGGUGCCUUGAGACAUGUCUCCAGCCUGGAGGAGAAGGACUCCCUUGUCCAGUCUGCUGCAGACUUCUUUGUCAAUGGAAGGAUGCAGACUGCCCUGGACCAGUUUCUUGAGGGGUUAAGAACCUUGAGCUUACUGGACGAGUUGAGAAGGAAUCCAGCAAUAUUCUACAACAUGUUUGUAAAUGAGGAGAGGCCACUUCAGGCGAAGGACCUAUGCACUUUAUUUGAAGUUGACUUCUCUGUGCAGGGCAGCAGCAGAAGAGUUGUGGAGAACAUGACAAUUUGUUUUUGGCGUGACUGGUUAAUUGAUAUUGAAGAAGGAGAAUGCAGUCCAAUUACCCUUGAACAGGUAUUGGAGUUUACAUCUGGAGCAUCAACAGUGCCUCCCCUGGGAUUUCCACACCGUCCCCAAAUUCAGUUCCUCCACGAAGUCAAUAAAAUCUUUCCAGAGGCAAAUACCUGCCACAUAAUCCUCCGCCUACCCAUACAUAAUGAUUAUGACACCUUCAAGAAAUAUAUGAUUGAGGGAAUUAUUCAGGCUCCUGGUUUUGGGGUUGCGUGAACAGUCUACAACUGUAAUA